AUGAGCUCGCACUUUGUGACGGCGGGGGAUGUGAGUGAGACUGCUGACGGUGUGCGGAACUUGGUGCAUGUCACAGAGAACGCCAUGGACAUUGAUCAGACCGGCGCCGCAUCGAUCGACGAGGGGCUCUACAGCCGCCAGCUGUACGUGAUGGGCCGCGAGGCUCAGUUACGCAUGGGGGCAUCCAAUGUGCUCAUAGUUGGGCUUAACGGCCUUGGUGUGGAGAUCGCCAAAAACGUCAUUUUAGCGGGAGUGAAGAGCGUUACGCUGCACGAUGAUACGCCUGCCAGCUCUCUUGACCUCGCGUCCCAGUUUUACCUGACAGAGGCUGACAUUGGCAAGCCGCGAGCGGCUGUGUCUGUAACGAGACUAGCGGAGCUGAAUCCUUACGUGCCUGUCCGAUGCCACAGCGGCGAGAUCUCGAAAGAUUUUUUGCUUGGAUUCCGGGUGGUAGUUCUCGUCAACGCCCCGCUGAAGGAGGCGAAGCGUAUUAACGCCUUUUGCCACGAUAAGUCAGUUGCUUUCAUCACGACCGAGGCGCGUGGCGUGUUUGGCUCGGUAUUCUGCGACUUCGGAGAUGAGUUUGUCGUGUCAGAUCGCGAUGGUGUGGAGCCUGUGAGCUGUUUGAUCUCGUCCAUUUCCAACUCUGCCCCCCCAUUAGUUACGGUGAAUGAAGACACCCGUCAUGGCUUGGAAACCGGGGAUUUGGUGUCGUUUCGCGACGUGACCGGUUUCUCGUUCUUGAACGACAGCAAGCCUAGAAAGGUAACGGUGACUGGCCCGUUCACGUUUACCCUGGAUAUCAUUGAUGAAGCCGACAAGAAGCUCUUUGAGCAGGGACCACCGUCCACGGGGGGUUAUGUUACUCAGGUAAAACAGCCUCUCCUGACCAAGUUUAAAAGCCUGGAGAACGCGCUUGCUGCACCCGGGGAGUUCUUGAUCAACGAUUUUGCCAAGCUUGGACGCUCCGAGCUUCUUCAUGUGGCGUUUCAAGCAUUGGAUGCUUUUCAGGAGAAGCACCAAGGAAGCUACCCGAAACCAGGUUGCAUGGAGGACGCGAAUGAGGUUUUCACACUUGCUUCUGAGAUCAACAGGCAGUCUGCUGCCAAAAAUCAGUUUACCAUUGAGAAUAUCGAUGGCGCUGACUCAAAAAAGAUCAUCCAAGCACUUGCAGCUGGCGCUUCUGGCGUGAUCUCCCCUAUGGCAGCUUUCCUCGGAGGUAUCGUUGGCCAGGAAGCUCUUAAAGCAUGCAGUGGAAAGUUUACGCCAAUUCAGCAAUUCUUUUUUUUCGACGCGGUGGAGUGUCUCCCGGACACAGUAUACGCCGGAGUUCCCGACGAGUUCGCGCCCACUGGCUCGAGAUACGACGGACAGAUUGUUGUGUUUGGCCGGCAGCUGCAGGAAAAAAUCAAGAGUCUGAACAUGUUCCUUGUGGGCGCCGGUGCAAUCGGUUGUGAAAUGCUGAAGAACUGGGCGAUGAUGGGUGUGGCGUCAAGUGAGGAUAGCACCAUCCACAUCACGGACAUGGACACGAUCGAGAAGUCGAACCUGAACCGUCAGUUCUUGUUUCGCUCGAAGGAUGUCCAGCAAGCUAAGUCCUCGGUUGCUGCUCGGGCAGUCAAGGAAAUGAACGCAGACGUUAAUGUACGGGCUUACGUGUCUCGAGUCGGUGCAGAAUCUGAAGGUCAGUUCAACGACGACUUUUUCGAGUCGCUCUCCGGUGUGUGCACAGCACUGGAUAACGUCGAGGCUCGUCUGUAUAUGGACCAGCGCUGUUUGUUCUACGGUCUCCCAAUGUUCGAGUCCGGUACGCUUGGCACGAAGGGCAACACACAGAUUGUCGUCCCACACAACACUGAGAACUACGGAGCCUCUCGGGAUCCUCCUGAAAAAAGUAUUCCCAUUUGCACGCUGAAAAACUUCCCCAACGCGAUUGAACAUACUCUUCAGUGGGCACGCGAUUGGUUCGAGGGUGAAUUUUAUCAAGCUCCUUCGGAUGUGAACCGUUACUUAGAGGGGCCCACAUUCAUGAAGGAACUCAAUGAGCAGCAAAACACCAAGGUUGAAACCCUAGAGCGGCUGAAAUACUCGCUUGUGGAUGAUCGCCCGAUGUCAUUUGAAGACUGCAUUUCAUGGGCGCGCUUCAAGUUCGAAGAACUUUUUAGCAACCAGAUCAAACAGCUUCUUUACAACUUUCCUCUAGAUCAGUUGACAACGACAGGUACUCCAUUCUGGUCUGGACCUAAGCGACCCCCAACGCCAAUUACCUUUGACGUGAAAGACCCGCUUCACAUGGACUUCGUUGUUUCCGUUGCUAAUAGUCGUGCGAAGAACUAUGGUCUUAAGGGACACACUGACAGAGACACGUUUGCCCAAGUCAUCAGCGGUAUUCACGUUCCGGAAUUUUCUCCCAAGAAAGGUGUGAAAAUUGCUGCUUCUGAUGCAGAGCUAAAGGAACGGGGGGCUGCCCCACCUCUUGAUGACGCGGAUGCCCAGUGCGACUUUAUUCUCAAGGAGUUGCCGAAGCCAGCAACGCUCGCAGGCUACCGCAUGGAGCCGAUUGAGUUUGACAAAGAUGACGACUCGCACAUGGAGGUUAUCGUGUCUGUUUCCAACCUGCGGGCGCGGUCGUACAAGAUCCCGGAGGAGGACAUGCACAAGUCUCGUUUUAUUGCUGGCAAGAUCAUCCCAGCCAUCGCCACAACGACAGCACUUGUGACAGGACUUGUAUGCUUUGAAAUCCUAAAGGUGUUCCAGGACAAGCCAUUGGACCACUACAAAAACGGAUUCGUGAACCUCGCGUUGCCGUUGUUUACCUUUGCCGAACCGAUUGAACCAAAGUUUACGAAGACAAUGCUUAAAGGCGAGGAGUACAAGUGGACGGCGUGGGAUCGUUUAGAAGUGGACCGUGGUGACAUGACGUUAAAGGAGUUUCUUGCGUACUUCGAGAAGGAAUACGACGCUGAGGUCUCAAUGCUGUCGUAUGGUGUCACGAUUCUUUACGCAAUGUACUCUGCGAAGUCGCGGUCGAAGGAGCGCAUGGCGAUGAAGAUCUCGGAUCUCGUGCGUACAGUGACUAAAAAGCCCAUCGACCCGAACUUGAAGUACCUCAUUCUAGAGGUGUGCGCGAUGGAUGCAGAGGGAGAAGACGUUGAGCUACCUUACCUGCGCUACCACUACAAGCAGCAGUAA